UUUUAUAGGGUUGUGGGUUUUUUUUCCCUAAGGAACACCAAGCCAAAUAAUAUGAUACAGAAGGCAGUUUCACAGAAAAACAAUCCCAAAAAUUUUCAUAGAACCUCAUAUUGUUUUCUAAUGUAUAAAAAUUACUUUUGUACUUGAUGACAAAAGUAUUGCUAUGCAAUAACAAAAAUUCAAGUAUAUACACACACACACACACAUAUAUAUAUAUAUGUAAUAUUUUAAAAUACACAUCCAAAUGUUCAAAAAAACCAUCCUUUGCCAAAGAGCAGAUACACAUAAAGGACCUUGGAGUCCUUGAAACCUACUUGCAAAAUCAGAGUUCACACUGAAAAUCACCUGCAAGGCUAUCAAAUCUAUCAGAGGAGAUAUAUAAGUUGCUACAUUUCUAUAACUAAGGAUCCAUUUUCUCCCCCUAUUGAACUAAUCCUGUAUGUCCAGCUAUACUUGAGGAAUGUUCCAAUUUGAAAUUAACUUGAUUCAUGGACACACAGAGUGGGAAUCAGAGAAAUUUUCUUGCUUCCCAAAACAAAAAAGAGAGAUGUAUUCCUACCUUCAGGUUGUCACCUCUGCCCUAACCUGGCUUGGUUUCCUUCCAUUACAGGGCUCAGAUUAUCCUGGGCACAUUGUUCUCUUUGGGGGCUUCCUGAUCAUUUGCACUUGGCAGGUACCAGGAACAGUAACCUCUAUGCUUCAGUCCUUAAACAAUUUUUUCUUAGAGCUGUUUUAUUAAUUUCAGUCACAGCUGUAAUCAAAAUGUGUCCACAAAAGAAAUGUAAACUUGCCUGCUAACAACUGAGGAAGCUGUACUUCAAGAUCCCACUUCUGCCUGGCAUGCAGCCCCUGAGUCUGCUGGCAGGUAAUCCUACUUAAGACUGCAGUGUCAAGGGACUUUUACUUCAUUAGUGUGUUCUGCUUACCCCUCCUCAAAAUAAAACAAAACAAAACAAACCCCAAACAUCUAAAAAAAUAAAAACACCCAAGAAAGACACCCAACAAAACUAAAAACCCUUUUAAUUAAGGUGAUGUGCUAUGGAUGCUAACUGUGAAACAGGGAGCACAGUGUCUGUGGAAAUUGCAGGCCACAUAGCUUUCUCAGUCUUGCCUGGGAAAGUAGCCUGGAAAAUUAUAAGGCGGAAUUAAAACAAUCCUCAGAGAUAGAAAACAGCCUUGCAGGUGCUGUUUGUCUGUUCCUUGUUUUCUUGCAAGAGAAGGUUGAGGGGUGGUGAACCCCACUGACCAAUGAUGGUGAUGUGUUAGUUCACUAACCAAUAAAAGUUUCUUUUCUGUACUUUUCACGUAUUGAUCUAUAAAAAAGACCUGAGGUAAAAAAUCAAGAAAAAAAUUCUCCAGUGCGACUCCACAAGAGAGUCUGUGUCGUUUUUCUCGCCGUUCCUAACAGAGAGACAUCUGGUGACCUCCGACGUGAUGUGCAUCUGGUGAUCCCCGAGGUUCAGUGCAGCCGGCAGUCGACGAGCCAGCUGCUUCCUCCACAGAGGGGUAAGCGAGAAUAUCCUGCGCUGUCCUGGAGGGAGCUGGUUUUUUAGACCAACGGGAUAGUGGAGCCCUGCCAGUGAGCGGGCUUGGAUCAGCUUAUCUUGGCGAAGCUAGAGCUUAAAGUCCCGGGUUAAGCCACUGCAUCUGCAUCAUUGCAUUCGUGGGCCAUCAAGAUAGACGGUUCUCACAAUGAAGAACCGCAAUUCAACUAAUGAUCAGCUUGUCUUCUCUGCGGCGCAGGACGCCGUAACGCACACGGGACUCGAUAUUUCUGAAGAUGCUAUGCGCGGUUUGUUCCAGUGGGUGAAAGCGCAAAGUUUUACUGUGACUGUCGAUAAUGCCUUUGAUCACGAGAUUUGGUUGUCAGUGGGAGACCACCUGUGGUCUGAGUUAGCUGCAGGAGAUACCAGCGUGCGCAGCUUGGCAGCCACCUGGGGCAUGCUCUUUAAAGCGCUGGAGCGGUGCCAGUCUGGAGACAGUGAUACCAAGACAGAGGAUUCGGAUGCCGGGGGUGCCUCUUCUGUACCAGGAAUUUGACCCACCGAAGGUGUACCUGCCGGUGCCCACUGAGAAGAGGAAGCCCAUCCGGGUGCUUUCCCUCUUUGAUGGCAUCACCACAGGCUUGCUAGUGCUGAAGGACCUGGGCAUCCAGGUGGACAGGUACAUCACCUCCGAGAUGUGCGAGGACUCCAUCACCGUGGCCAUGGCGAAGCACCAAGGCAAGAUCAUGUACGUCGGGGACGUCCGCAACAUCACCCAGAAACACAUACAAGAGUGGGGCCCCUUUAAUCUGGUGAUUGGGGGGAGCCCCUGCAACGACCUGUCCAUCGUCAACCCGUCCAGGAAGGGUCUCUACGAGGGCACUGAACGCCUCUUCUUUGAGAUCUACCGCCUGCUCCACGAAGCCCGGCCCAAGGAGGGUAACAACCGGCCCUUCUUCUGGCUCUUUGAGAACGUGGUGGCCAUGGGAGUGAGCAACAAGAGGGACAUCUAGCGCUUCCUGGAGUCCAAUCCCAUCAUGAUUGAUGCCAAAGAAGUGUCUGCAGCGCACCAGGCACGGUACUUCUGGGGGAACCUGCCCGGCAUGAACAGGCCACUCGCAUCCACCGUCAAUGAUAAGCUGGAGCUGCAGGAGUGCCUGGAGCACAGCAGGAUAGCAACGUUCAGCAAAGUGCGAACCAUCACCACUCGCUCCAACUCCAUCAAGCAGGGCAAGGACCAGCACUUCCCCGUGUUCAUGAACGAGAAGAAGGACACCCUGUGGUGCACAGAGAUGGAGAGGGUCUUUGGCUUCCCCAUGCACUACACGGACAUGUCCAACAUGAGCCACCUGGCCCGGCAGAAACUGCUCAGCAGGUCCUGGAGCGUGCCAGUGAUCCGCCACCUCUUCGUGCCCCUGAAGGAAUACUUUGCCUGCGUUUAGAGAUGGGCAGGAACUGGUCACACGGAGCAAGUCGGUAACAAACCCAUCCACACCAAGAGAAGUGAACACACGGAAUGAGAGAAGAGUCAGCACCCAGAAGAGAGAUGGGAUUUCACAGCCCGACGGGAUCUCAGCACACAUCUCCCUGAGCGAAAGGGGUCGGUGUCCUCUCCAGAAU